AUGAAGCCUCGUGCUCAUUACGUCACGGACUUUACUCCGUUGAUACCCCAACGUGACGUGACGGAUGCGAAUAUCGAAUUAGUAUGUUAUAAUAUAAGCACGUUUAUUAUUUUUGUUUGUAUUGUAUCUCACUAUUUAAUAUUUUAUCACGCAAAACAUAAAAUAACUGAGAUUUUUGUCAUUAUUACAGGUUUCGUGUCGUGUUCGCCGAGCCCUUGUAAAAACGGAGGACUUUGCGUGUCGUCGCCACGUGACGAAUCACAUUGCAACUGCACAUCAAAAUACGUGGGAGAAUACUGUCAACAUCUGAAUCCAUGUCAUACGGCGUUGCGCUGCCAAAACGGCGGCUCAUGCAGGGUACGCGAGGGCAUCGGCGGUGGCACACCAUCCUUCACGUGUGCAUGUCCGGUCGGUUUUACCGCCAGCCUUUGCGAAAUCCCUAUCGAGAAUGCCUGCGACUCCUCACCCUGCUUCAACGGUGCCACAUGUAAUCUCAGGUCGUUGCACGAAUACAUGUGCAUGUGCAGUAACGGAUUCACAGGUGACCAUUGCGAGCGAAAGGAUCACUGUGCCUCGUCGCCCUGUCGAAAUGGGGCCGAGUGUCUCUCGCUCGAGGACAGCUACAAGUGCACGUGUGCACCUGGCUUCACAGGACCAAAUUGCGCGGACGACAUCGACGAGUGUGAGAGGAACCCGUGCAGACACGGUACCUGCAGGAAUACCCACGGAUCUUACAGGUAA